GCCGUAAAGACAUAAACACCACACAACGACGCCGUUUGAAGGGCUUUAAAUUAAUAACUAAAUUCAACGCAUUCGUGUGUUAACAGUCAGAACCCAGAACCCUGAUUCAUCAUCUUCUUCCAUCUCUUGCCAGUUCCAAUUUGAAGGAAGAAAAGAGAUGCCUUCUCAACCGGAAGAGGCUUCGUCACGUCCAAGUGCUUCCCUUGCGAAUGAUAUUGCUGUGGAGUGGAAGCAGAAAUUAAUCACACUUUUAGAUGAUGAGAGUAAGCAAGAGUUGAUCUCGAGAGAGAAGAAGGAUAGGCGUGAGUUCCAGCAAAUAGCAGCUUUGGCAAGCAAAAUGGGAUUGUACAGCCAUGUGUAUGCAAAAGUUGUUGUCAUCAGUAAGGUUCCACUUCCCAACUACAGACCUGAUUUGGAUGAUCGACGUCCGCUGAGGGAGGUAAGCAUACCUAUUUCUAUGUUAAGGCGAGUUGAUGCUUAUCUUGAAGAAUACCAAACCCAAAAAUCCAGAAUGAAGGAAACUUUUCCAGAUUUGUCAUUUGCAAGAUCAACAAAUAACGAUAGUAUUGGUGUGGAUGAAAGGUUAUUUGAGAAACCUCAGUUGCCAGCAUUGAAUAAGGCUGCUUUGGAGAAAAUUCUCCGGCAGAGAAGCUUGCAAAUGCGUGAUCAGCAACAAGCUUGGCAGGAGUCGGCAGAAGGUAGAAGAAUGCUAGAAUUUCGUAGAAGUCUCCCUGCUUAUAAAGAGAAGGAAGCAAUAUUGUCAACAAUAUUGAGGAAUCAGGUGGUUAUCAUUUCGGGACAAACAGGAUGUGGGAAGACAACACAACUCCCACAGUUUAUUUUAGAAUGUGAGAUAGAAUCUCUUCAGGGAGCUGCUUGUAAUAUCAUAUGCACACAACCAAGGCGCAUAUCAGCGAUAUCUGUUUCUGAGAGGGUUGCGCUUGAGAGAGGGGAGAAAUUGGGUGAAUCUGUUGGAUAUAAGGUUAGAUUGGAGGGUAUAAAAGGGAGAGAUACCAGGCUUCUCUUUUGCACAACAGGCAUCUUAUUAAGAAGAUUAAUAGCUGAUAGAAAAUUAAAAGAUGUAACUCAUAUUAUUGUGGAUGAAAUUCAUGAGCGUGGGAUGAAUGAAGAUUUUCUUCUCAUUGUCCUUAAAGAUCUCCUACCUCGCCGACCAGAAAUGAAACUGAUUUUAAUGAGUGCUACCCUUGAUGCGGAGCUCUUCUCCUCAUACUUUAAUGGAGCUGCAAUAAUCAAGAUUCCGGGUUUCACGCACCCUGUCAGAACCUGUUUUUUGGAGGACGUUUUGGAAUUGUCAGGCUACAGAUUGACUCCUGAUAAUCAAAUUGAUGAUUAUGGUCAAGAAAGGAUUUGGAAAAUGAACAAACAGGCCCCUAGAAAAAGGAAAAGCCAAAUUGCUUCUGUUGUAGAGGAUUCUUUAAGGGAAGCUGAUUUCAAAGAUUACGAUCCACAAACACGAGAAUCUUUGUCAUGUUGGAAUCCUGAUUGCAUGGGUUUUAACUUCAUAGAAUAUAUUUUAUGCCAUAUAUGUGAGGAUGAAAGGCCAGGUGCUGUGUUGGUUUUUAUGAUUGGAUGGGAUGAUAUAAGUGCACUGAAAGAGAAGCUCCUUUUACAUCCUCUUUUGGGAGAUCAAAGCCGAGUUUUGCUUCUUAUAUGCCAUGGAUCAAUGGCAAGCUCUGAGCAGAGAUUAAUAUUUGAAGAACCUGAAGAUGGAGUGCGAAAAAUAGUGUUAGCAACAAAUAUUGCUGAAACGAGUAUCACAAUAAACGAUGUUGUUUUCGUUCUUGACUGUGGAAAGGAAAAAGAAUCAUCAUAUGAUGCUCUUAAUAACACACCUUGUUUGCUUCCAACCUGGAUCUCUAAGGUUUCUGCCCAACAAAGAAGAGGAAGAGCUGGUCGAGUUCAACCAGGAGAAUGUUACCAUCUCUAUCCUAGAUGUGUUUAUGAUGCUUUUGCAGAGUAUCAAUUGCCGGAAAUUUUGAGAACACCUUUGCAAUCUCUCUGCUUGCAAAUUAAAAGUUUAAAACUUGGACCGAUAUCAGAGUUCUUGUCUAAGGCAUUACAGUCUCCAGAGAUUCUUGCAGUGCAAAAUGCAAUUGAAUAUUUAAAAAUAAUUGGAGCUUUUGAUGACAAUGAGAAUCUGACUCUUCUAGGGCACUACCUGACAAUGUUUCCGAUGGAACCCAAACUAGGGAAGAUGCUUAUAUUGGGUGCUAUCUUCAAUUGCCUGGAUCCCAUAUUAACUGUCACUGCCAGCCUGAGUGUGAGAGAUCCAUUUCUAGCACCGUUGGACCAAAAAGAUGUUGCAGCUGCAGCGAAGUCUCAAUUCUCCCAUGAUUAUAGUGAUCAUCUUGCCCUUGUGAGGGCUUAUGAUGGCUGGAAAGAUGCUGAAAUAGACCUCGCUGGACAAGAAUACUGCUGGGCAAAUUUCCUUUCUUCACAAUCCAUGAAAGCUAUUGAUGCCCUUCGGAUGGAAUUCUUAUCCCUUCUCAAGGAUAUUGGAAUAGUUGAUAGCAAUGCAACAAACUGCAAUGCGUGGAGCUAUGAUGUGCAUCUUAUACGAGCAGUUAUUUUUUAUGGGCUAUAUCCUGGAAUUUGCUCUAUUGUGCAUAAAGAGAAGUCAUUUUCUCUGAAGACAAUGGAGGAUGGUAAAGUGCAUCUUCAUUUGAAUUCAGUGAAUGCUCGAGAAAGCAAAAUUCCAUAUCCGUGGCUUGUUUUUAAUGAGAAGAUAAAAGUGAAUUCGGUGUUCCUUCGUGACUCAACUGCUGUGUCUGACUCAGUGGUGCUUCUUUUUGGUGGAAAGAUCUCAAAAGAUGGUGAUGGUCAAUUAAAAAUGUUAGGAGGGUAUCUGGAGUUCUUAAUGAAACCUGCUGUUGCUGAAAUGUUUCAGAGCAUAAGGAGGAAACUAGAUGACAUCAUUCAGAGCAAACUACUGUUUCCGAUGAUGGGAAUACACUUAUUUCACGAGCUGCUUUCUGCUGUACGGUUGCUGAUUUCCAAAGAUAAAUGUGAGGGCAGAUUUGUGUUUAGCUGCCAGGUCAUUAAACCAUCGAAACCAUCUGUGAUGACCUUGCAACCAGCAUUGGUUUCAAGGACAGACAGUGGACCUGGUGGCGAUAAUUCUAAAGGUCAGCUCCAAACUCUUCUGGCUCGUGCUGGAUGUGCUGCACCCAUCUACAAGACUAUGCAAAUACAGAACAAUCAGUUUCAGGCUGCGGUCGAGUUUAAUGGUAUACAGAUAAUGGGCCAACCUUGUCACAAUAAAAGGACUGCGGAAAAAGACGCCGCGGCUGAGGCACUGCAAUGGCUUAUGGGUAAAAGACAGGCAGAAAACGAGUACAUGGAUCACAAUGCAGUGAUGCUAAAGAAAAGCAAGAGGGAUCAUAAUUAAGCAAUCAACUGUAAUGGGUUUUCUGUGAGGGUAACAAACGGUCCAAGAUGGAUGUACUUGUCUAGAUUUUUAAGGUCCUUGCUCAAGUCUUUGAACUCCAGAAAAAAUGGAUUAGUUCCAUUGUUGAUAUAUAGCUCCGGGGCUUGAGCCAAUUCAUGCUCAUACAACAACAAUCUCCAAUUUAGCGUGCAUUGUGUUGAUUCAAUCCGAGGUUGGAGUUGCCUACCCUUGAUCAAAGCAAAUCAUGGAUGAUUUAUGAGCCUGAAGAAAUAAAUUGUGAAUUGAAAGCCUAAGAUAACAGUCUAAUCUGAGCCGUUUGACAAAGGAAAAUUUUUUGCAACUGUUCAUGUUGUUGAGUUAAUUUUGGGAUAAGGUUCUUCUAAAGUGUUUUUAUAUUCAACAUGACAAAUUCGAAGGUCUCUUAGCUACACUCAAUCAGUAUUGUACACGAGAAAUGUGAAGACUAAUUUGAUAUCUUCUGCAACAGAAAGAGCUUCCAUUCUAUAUUUAGGUGAAACAUGUAUGUGAAAAUAUAAAGAAUGAAUUUUUAAA